UAGUGGACAGUAAAAACAAUAUCCAGGAAACAAGCCCAUUUGUUUAUUGUAAACCAUUCUUAGCUAUGUUUUCACAAGCUAAGUUAGCUUACCUAGCCCUCAAGCUAAUGUCAGCUUCUGCAUUACACCUGCGUAGUUUGAUAGUUUUGAAAGUCUACCAGGAAGCUGUCUUCCAUUGGACUUCGGAGUCUGUCUUUGUGUUUGGGGAAUUUAUUCUUUAUGUGCCACUGGGAGCAGGAGCAGCAUGGCAGAUGACAAGGACGUGUUGAGAGACGUGUGGUUCGGCCGGAUCCCCACCUGCUUCAUUCUCAACCAGGAUGAGGUUACUGAGAGAGAGGCCGAGCCCUACUAUCUGUUGUUACCCAGGGUGAGCUACUUGACUCUGGUUACAGACAAGGUGAAAAAACACUUCCACAAAGUGGUGAGGACCGAUGACGUGGAGGAGAUGUGGUUGGAGUACGAGGGGACGCCACUGAAAUGGCACUAUCCAAUUGGAGUUCUGUUUGACCUCCAUGCGUCCAACACCGUCUUACCCUGGAGCAUCACUGUGCACUUUAAGAAUUUUCCAGAUCGUGACCUGCUCCACUGUCCGUCCAACUCUGUGAUCGAGGCUCACUUCAUGUCCAGCAUCAAGGAGGCCGACGCUCUGAAGCACAAGAGCCAAGUCGUCAACGACAUGCAGAAGAAAGACCACAAACAGCUGUGGAUGGGCCUGCAGAACGAUAAGUUUGACCAGUUCUGGGCCAUGAACAGGAAGCUGAUGGAAUAUCCCACCGAGGAGGGAGGCUUCAGAUACAUCCCCUUCAGGAUAUACCAGACCAUGAGCGACAGGCCGUUCAUCCAGAAGCUGUUUCGCCCCGUUUCACCUGAAGGCAACAUGCACACACUUGGAGACCUGCUGAAAGAGAUGUGCCCAGCUGCUUUGCCACAUGACGGUGAGCAGAAGCGUUACCAGGUGGUGAUCCAUGGCAUCGAGCCGCUGCUGGAGACGCCCCUGCAGUGGCUGAGCGAACACCUCAGCCACCCCGACAACUUCCUGCACAUCUGCGUCACACCCGUCCCCUCUGACUGAGGCCACGCCUGCCCCCACUUCACUGGCACCUUGCCGACCGACCGGCCGACCGACCCCGCCAGCCGGCUGGGUAACUUCCGGAAAAGUAGCGCUAAAAACCACGGGAACUCUGAACUAACAGACUCUUUCACGAGAAGGACAUCAGGAUCUUAUAGAUACAGAUGAACAAAGGAUGUGAAGGAGGGAUUUAACAAACCUCCUUUACUAUCUAUUUAUAUUUCUACUCCUCCUAUCACUACUACUACUACUACUCCCCUUUUCCCCCUCUGUUUAUAGGACGCAAGGAUGAACAGAUCUUCUCUUCCUCCUCUGCUCCCAAAAGAGAAAAGACAUUUUUUUAGGUGAAGAGGUGGUUGAGUGAGCAGAGGAUCACUCCUUUCUACUCAAUCUAGCAUCUUCUCCUCCUCUCCUCCUCUCCUCCUCUCCAAACAUAAAAACAAACAUCUCCACAGGAGGAGAGGAGGUGAAUCCAUUCCCUCGGUUCUUUUUUGUUGUUUUUUUUUCAUCCGGCCAUAUAUCUUCCUCCUUGUCUAGUCCAAGAGAAAGACUGUCCUGUGGACAGGGAGACACGUUUGUUUGGGAUUAUGGGAGAGGCGUAUCCAGUCCUGCUGAAGUUGCCUUAGUUACCACGUUCAUGUAUUUUUCAUCGCCAAUCCUCGUUGACCGUGCGAGAAAAAACAAACAUCCGGACACGCACAAAGUUUACAUCACUAACUUUAAUGUCAUCUCCAAAUGCUCUCCAGGAACUUCUGGUGCUUCGGUUUUAACUUUCCGCGGAGGAUUUUCUGUUGCUUGCAUUAACACUUGGCCUCAUUUGACAAAGUGAGCUGGAAGAAGAAGAGGACAAGGUGUUUUGGAGGCCUGGGGCACUGAUCGACCCAUUUGAUUUCUCUGCGCUGAUCCCAGCACACUUUGGGCUCUGGUUUGGACUGAGCAUCUGGUGCCACUGUUGAAAUAAGCAUCUAAGGUAUUUGAAAAAAGCAACUUAACAAGCAGACACACUUGACAUCACCUGGCACGGUUUCUGAAUUAGUAUUACAUUGCAGCUUUAACUCAAAAACAGUUUAACUCCAUUUUUGUUCAUUUUCAUUUUCUUCCAUCUUCACCUUAAAGAGAAAUUCCAGUUUCAUUCGGCGUAUUUUCAGAGUUGAAAUAAACCGGAGUUGCCCUUUGAUGUUUACAUUGGCUCCUCUAUGGGUGAUGGGAUUCUGAGGCCAUGUUCACACUUGGCGUCUUUUUUGACAAGAAAAAGUUGAAUAGGGCGCUUUUAUAGUAAAAAAAAAAAAAAAAAAAAAGCAGGCAGCGUUAUUAUUCCAAAAAGCAGCCAACGGCGUCUUUUGCUGCUUUAACCACAGCUACUGCUACAGUAUCUGAGAGCGCUAUGUGGAGCAAUGCUAACGUUGGAUAAAACAAAGCGGUGGAGCGAGCUAGAGAGAGAAUAGAGAGAGAGCUGUGCUACUAACGUUAGAUAAAACAAAGCGAGUUCCCUAUACACGGAGCACCCGGUCAUAUCAUAACUCGCUGUGCUCUGACUCCAUUUUUCUCGUUGUUAUGAACCUGUCGUUGUUAUGAACGACAGAUCUCUCUACUCCGCUCCUCAUUGGUCGGCUUUCAAAAAACGCGCUUGACGUAAGACGUUUUUUCUUUAUUUUUUUUUUUCUUUAGAAAAGUUGAACUUUUUUUCAACUUCAAAAACACGCUACGAGCUGCAGAAAAAAGGUCGGCGGUGGCGUUUAAAAAAGCGCUCAACUUUUUUGACAACACGGUUUACGCCAUAGGAUUAUAAUGUAAAACGGCGCUGGCAGCUUAAUAUAAGACGCGCCAAGUGUGAACUCAGCCAAAGGCUGUCAAAAAACUAAUGAAUGAACAACAAAAAAACAUAAAUCACAAUGUUUUUUGUUUUUAACUUGUUUUGUUGUUUUGCGAUUGUUGCAGAAGACAGAUGGAGAUACCGCAUUUUCACGGGGGUAUCUUUUGAAAGUGAAUCAGCUAUUUUUAUGAGGUUAGAAAAAAGGGAAGAAAAAAAAAAAGAACUCCACACAUGUUUUUAAUAGCAGGUGUUGAUUUCUCUCCAUCAGUACAAGCCAGUUUAGCAGUUUUACUGUCUGUUUAGUCAGGUUUGGCUCAAGCCUCUUUGUCUGCUGCCAAAUUUAAAUGAGCAUCUGGUUUUUGUUUCAUUUUAAGAACUCUGCUUAGAAAAUGAGACAGCCGGCACGAUUAGCAUUAAGUCUGCCGGCUGUCGGGGGGGCCACAGUUGUUUGACAUGUCCUACACGUGCUUUCAUCGGCAAAUUUUAGUUUGUGGACAAAAAUCGAAACUGGCAAAAGCGUACAUGAAUUUUGACAGAAAACUGACUUUAGUUGAGGACUGUGCAAAUUGGAUUACUUUGCCUAUAAUAUGGAGGCCCUAAUUAAUCAAUCACAAUGUUUUUUAACAAAGUUUGUAUCAUGUAUGAACAUCUUGUUCUUUCUUUUCAUUUUUUACAUUUGUCAAUACUGAAAUAAAAAUGACGCUUAAAGCAUUCACCUGGCACUGCUCUCCAGAAUGACUUCAAAUAAAAGUGAGUUGAUUCAAAUA